AUGCCUUCUAUCAUUCGCGAACCCUACAUAGAGCGAUCUGGUUUCUCGCGACAGCCGCGAGAUGACGAGAAAUAUGUUAUGGAUAAAUAUUCGCAACACGCUCUUCGCUGCAUUGUAUGCAGUCGCCCAUACGAAGCCUUCUGCAAUGGGAGACCACUUUGCAGCCGUGGGAACCACUAUGCGACAAACAUAUUGCAAUAUGUUUACCAGAAAUGUGGGAAAGCAUAUUCGCUAGUUGAUCGCGAACAGGGUCGAUAUAGCCAGGUCUUGAUUCCAAAGGACUGCCAUGUAGUGCAUGAUUUGCUCAAGGCCCUGGAAAGUGGCCUUAUGCUCCCAACCCGGCGACGGACUGUCCCUAUAGUAGUUCAUCACCCGAAACCAGCCAUCGAAACCACCCUGAAUCAGCCACGCAUACUUCAGCGACAGACCAUGCCAUCUGCUGUUAUCCCCCAUAGCAGCCUCAGCCUUUCGCGAAAUGGGCUAUACAUCUAUCGACGUGGGUCGCUAUUCGGUGACGACUUGAGCCGACGAACCUCCCCUGCCUCUAGCCAGAGGGUUCGCGUUCCAAACAACUACCUGCGUUGA